AUGGAGGGCCAGCGUUCUUUGCUUGACAGAGUUACUACGUGGCAUCCCAAGAGGAAGGCCGAGAAGAAGACCGAGGAGGAGCCCACUGCCACGCCCGCCGGUGCCACCACCACCUCCGCCUCCGCCCCUCCGCUCCUCCCCCGCGCAAGGACUCGCCUGGAAAUUAUGAAGCAAGAGUGGUGCAAGGAGCUUUUACAAAAGGCCCUCCGACAGCAGGAGUUGCUGGACGAGCUCGAGGAGCGCAAGGCAAUCAAGGACCAGCGCCUCCUUGAGAAGCGGGAGAUCCAGGAUGAGAUCCGCGGCCUCCAAGUCCGCUUGGAGGCCGCGGAUCAGGCCUUCCACCAGGCGAAGGCGGAUGUGACAGAGACAGUUCGUAAAUUAAAUAAGCUUUAA